AUGGCAGCCAUCCAACUAAAGUAUUCACUAGGCUCUCCUCAAGAGCAUAUUGAAAUGUGUAAAAUCCAUGAUUUACCUAUUGACGUGAUAUGUGAGGACUGUGAUGAAUUUAUUUGUGGUAAAUGUGCCAAAACGGAUCAUAGAGAUCAUGACUGGAACACUCUAUUCACGGCAGCCAGUCAAAAAAGGAGAGGUUUACUUAAAUUUCUGACAAAGAUUAAGGAAAAGGAUCUGCCUGGAAUUGAUGGGAAGAUCGAGAAGAUGUCAAAUCAAAUCUCAGAAAAAGAAAAACUUUGUGAGACGGAGAUAAAAAAGCUUCAGAAGCAUUAUGAUGAGAUAAUAUCUAAGCUGUCAGAAAUCAAGGAACAUAUGGAACAACAAUUAAGAGACAAUUUGAAGAAAAAAAAUGAAAAGUUGAAUAUUUUGAUAUCUGAGAUAGACAAAAAGAAGAGAGAAAUUGCAGAAACAAUUAAGUUCAUGGAGGAGAACAACAGCACCAUGUCAGAUGACGGCUUCAUUGACAUCCACAGCGAACUGACACAGCUGUUGUCUGGCCUGGAUGUUGAUAUGAAUAAGAAUACACCAUCAGUGAGAUACAGUAAAGGAGAAGUCAGUGAUGCCGUACUGGAGAACUUAAUUGGAAAGUAUUGUGAUUUAAAUGAUAUCAGUUUGACUGAAACAAGCUCAUUUAAAUAUGGAGAGGAAGCAGUAAUUUUGUUGAGGGCACUGUGUGAAGAUCAGUGUUACAUAAAACAAUUAGAGACAGAUUACAUUGAACAAGUAAACAAAGAAGGGGAGAAAAAGCAUCAAUAUAAUAUCACUGCUAAUGAAUUGUGUGUGACUGAUAUUGGUGAUGUUUAUUUUACUGAUUUUAGUAACAAUACCAUCAGUUGUCUGUCACCAUCAGGAUCUGUCUCUACAGUCAUCAGUACAGAUCCACUGGCACCAGCAGGAAUCUGUCAGUCAGUGGAUGGUGGACUACUGGUCACCUUGAGAGACAAUGAAUCAGAUCGUUACAAAUUAGAGUCACACAGCAGACGUCUAGUGAGACACAUCACAGUGACAGGUGAUGUCAUCCAUGAGUUUGAGUACCAGGAGGACGGUCAAAGCAGACUGUUUACAUUUCCACGAAGCGUCACACAGAACAGCAACAGUGAUAUCUGUGUUGUGAACCGUACAAAUCCCACUGCAGAUGAACUAGUGAUUAUGUCUACUUCUGGUCGUAUGAAGUCUGUUUACCGUGGACGAAACCUGACAGAGGACUUUUGGCCAGGUAUUGCAGUGUGUGACUCCCUCUGUAACAUCCUUGUUACUGACAUGAACGAUGUACAGAUCCAUCUACUGAGUCCUGAUGGUGAAUUUUUAAAGUUUUUACUGACAGAAAAUAAAGUGUACCAUCCAACCAGAUUAUCACUCUACAAGUCUACACUGUGGGUGGGAUAUAAGGAAGGACUUGUCAAAGUGUUUCAGUACACAAUGUAA